CUCACCAUCAAUCAACUAACAAUAGAACCUACCAAUCUCUCCUUUGAAGAAGACAUGAACAAAAAUCGCCAAGGCGCUCUCUCUCGCCCUUACGGAAUGCUACACCGUGUCAAGAGAUAUAGAGUGAGAGGGAGAAAGUACGCAAAGCCAGAACUUAAACAAAGCAACUUCUCAAAAGACGAGGACGAUCUCAUCCUCAAGCUUCAUGCACUUCUUGGCAAUAGAUGGUCGUUGAUAGCGGGAAGAUUGCCUGGACGAACCGAUAACGAAGUAAGGAUCCAUUGGGAAACUUACUUAGAGAAGAAACUAGUGAAAAUGGGAAUCGAUCCAACCAAUCAUCGUCUCUACCGUCACACCAACUCCAUUUCUAGACGAUUCAUCAAUGCCUCGCGUAAGCAACAUGAAACGGAUGUGGUUAGUGAUCAAUCUUCUUCGGUAUCUGAAUCAUGUAAUAUGACACUAUUACCGGUCACAAGUACCAAUUGCUCUGAGGAUAAUGCUAGUGCCAGACAUAUCCAGUUGCCUGACCUCAACAUUGGUCUCGCCCCGAUGAAGACUAGCGAAUCCUCUAACUAUGGUUCAACGAGUCAAGAAACACUUGUUCUUUUUCGGUGAAGAAUGUACUGUGAGAUUACGGAAUUUGUCAAAGUCUUGUUCAGAUUGUGUAUUUGUUUGUACACAUCUUCAUAUAUAACCCCAC